AUGGACCAGAUACCGACGCCUGCGACCUUGUGCUCGCUCUGCUUCCCCUUCUUCUUCUCCGCGUUCACGCCCAAAACAAGGCUCGCCGCCUACGUGCGCGGCCAGUACUUCGGCUUCGUCCGGCGUGUACACACUGAACUCGAUGCCGUCGUGCGCGCGGUGAGCCGCGCAGGUGUACGCACUAAGUUCACCUUCCGCGCAGUAGGCGCAGGCGCCGAACAGGUGCUUUCCGGGAUGCUUGAUACUGGCGCCGGGGUAGACACGCACCCGCCCAUCAGUGGAGGUGCGACAAUCCGGAUUGAUGACGGGCGCUCGCUGCGCUUCUCGUUUGGUGCCCCUUCGACCCUCGUCGCUCACCUGUCGCAGGCCACUCUGGCCGUAUCGUCUAUACCGCAGCUCACUCAGCUGCUGCACAAUGAGACAGAGCAAGCACUGCUGCGGCGGAUAUGUGCCACCGGUUCUGCAUUGACUGAGGAUGUCAACGGGGCAUGGUUCGUCGAUCUGCUUAUGGGGCGUGCAGUUGGUAGAUGGGAGGGCUGUCUCCUGAAUUUUAAGAUCGCGUUUGCGGAGGAUGCGACGAUUCGUUGCGCGGCAUCAUGGCUGUACCGAGCAUCAGGAAGAUCCGAGACGACCACGAUGCUCUUCACCUCAGACGCCAAUGAGGCGCAGGGGAAGUUAUUUGACUGGCUGAAUUGGACAGUACAAGAAGCCCUCGGGAUACUGUCAUAA